GUUCUUUACGGUCUGGCCUUGGCUGGGACCCCUCUGGCGGCAAGUCUGCGCCCCACUAAAAAAUUGGUUACCCUCACCGUCCCCGUGUGCAAGACUUCGCCUGCUUGUUCCCUCUCUGCGCUUCCCAUUUCACCUGCUGCAAGAGUUCUCCUUAUCUCAUUUGCAGGACCGUCUCCGCGUCCACGGUCGCGCAUUCUAAACCAUGCCAGUCAUAAAGGGGCCCUCCUCGGGCUCUGGGGACGCGCCUAAACAGCACAGCCAGCCGUCCCGAAAAGGCAAGAAGGCGUGGAGGAAGAAUGUCGAUGUGACCGACGUCCAACAGGGUCUCGAGGAACUAAACAAGGAGGUCAUUCGCGGCGGUGUCAUCAAGGAGAAGCCUUCGUCGGAACUCUUUACCAUCGAUGUCGCCCGAGGCACCAAGGAAAACGACAAGACUAAGCAUGGCAAGAAACUGCUCAAGGCCGACGAAAUCAUUGCAAGGCGCUCUGCAGUUCCGGCUGUGCCGAUGCGCAAACGAGCCGGAGACAAAACCACUGACGGCUUGCUGCCUACGAAGCGGCAACGCACCGACUGGGUGCCACACAAGGAGCUCGCCCGCCUCCGAAGGGUUGCCGACGGGCAGCACGAAACUACCGUUGUGGCCAAGGACGCCACGUUUGACAUCUGGGACGCGCCCUCAGAUGUCGUGGCCGAGACAGCCUACGAUUUUCUGCCUGAGAAGCAAGUGGCUAAGCCCCCCAAGUCGAUCAAGCAAGCACCACUGUCCUUGACUGCCACGGGCAAGCAUGUCCCAGCCGUGCAAGCCCCGAGCGGAGGGUAUAGCUACAACCCUGCUUUCACAGACUACGAAAACCGGCUCGCCGAGGAGAGCGCCAAGGCUAUAGAAGCCGAGAAGAAGCGGCUCGAGGCAGAGGAAGCCGAACGAGUGAGGCAAGAAGCGGCUGCUCGUUCUGCUGCGGAGGCCGAAGCCGCCGAGGAACGCGCCAACAUGUCGGAAUGGGAAGAAGAUUCGGAGUGGGAGGGCUUUCAAAGCGGUGUCGACGACGACAAGCCGGCGCAGAAGCAGCCCAAGCGCAAGACACAAGCCCAGCGGAAUCGCAUCAAGCGAAGAAAGGAGGAGGAGCGCCUGGCCAAACACAAAGCCGCGAUGAAAGAGCGCCGGGUGCAAGAGCAGCGCAUCAAGGCGAUCGCCGAAGAGGUCGCGGAGCGCGAGCAACAAAGGGCUCUCGCUUUGGCUGAAGACUCGGAUUCGGCGGGCGAGGUCACGGACGAUAAGCUGCGAAGGAGACAGCUCGGCAAAUUCAAGCUUCCUGAGAAGGACCUGGAGUUGGUUCUUCCGGACGAGCUGCAAGAAUCGCUGCGGUUGCUGAAACCAGAGGGCAACCUGCUCAAGGACCGAUACAGGAGCAUGCUCGUGAGGGGCAAGGUGGAGAGCCGCAGACACAUUCCUUUCAAGAAGCAGGCAAGGAGGAAGCUCACGGAGAAGUGGACACACAAGGAUUUCGUAUUAUAGUGGCUCAGUUCAUAGCUGGCGUUGUUCCUGGAAACAUGAGAGACAAGCGGCUG